AUGUCUUCCCAGACGACAAUCGAGGGGCUCACCAUUACAUCCACCGUUAUUGAAUUCGGUCUGAUCGCUCUGAUUGGGGGAAAGGCUUCCGUCGCCAUCGCGAAUCGAUUACGAUAUCGACAAUUGACCCUCGGUACAACAAGACCAGCGGAUCGGUAUGAAGAUCGGGAUGGAAUCGCCACGGAACAAUCGAUCAAGGCUUUUUCCGACAAGCCAUCCCGCAUCGCACUUGCAAUCGGCAUCGUCUUCGGAGUUUGGCUGUCUCUAUCCGAAGUCGUCGUACUCGCCAUUGUCUCUUCUUCGACCAACGGUUCUUCACGAUGGAUGCGACUGGGGGCCUGGGGGAUGCUUGCUGCUAGCACGUUCGAGUUAUGGAUGGAACAGAAAUGCGCGCGUCGGUUCAAAUACGGUCUACAAACAAGCAUAGGCUGCCUUGCUAUGAUGUUCAUCCUAGCCGCCGACCAGUAUGAAUGUUACAAGGCCUUGGAAUUCUCUUUCCUGCCGUGGUUCUUUCUGCUUGGUCAGUCAUGUGCUGCCCUGGGUGCAUGCAUGGCCGGAAUUUCGCUGCCUCGUCGACCGGAUGUAUUUCACAAUGGUACAGUGGUGGAUCGAAGAGCAUCGACAUCACUGUUGAACCAACUGUUCUUUGGCUGGGUCGGCGAGUUGCUCUCUGCAGGCCAGAAAUAUGAGCUCGAAAUCUGUCAUCUGCCCGAGCUGGAACAUAGCAGUCGCUCACCUCAUCUGUUCUCCGCGUUAAGUCAGGCACGCAUGGCUUCCUCGACCCCGAGCCUCUGGAAGGCUCUUGUUCGCAGCCACCGGAAAACCUUGCUUAUUCAACUCAUUCUGACGAUGCUAAACGCCUCCAUGUCAUUUGUGCCCCAAUUCUGUGUCCUGGCAAUCCUGAAGCGUCUCGAAAACGACCCGAGUGACCCAGGGCUAUGGCUCUUUGUUCCCGCACUCGGCGCCUCGACCAUGGUCUCGGCUCUUCUGGAGAAUUGGAACCUUUACCUCUCCUCUAAUCUGAUUGCAGUCAGGCUGCAGGAACAGCUAUCUGCUGCCAUCUAUGACAAGGCGUUACGGUGUCGUGCGGUGGACAAUGCCGAAAGUGAUUCUUUUAGCGCCAACGGUGGAUCCAGCCCAUCUAGUCAGAGUACCAUGAAUCUGGUGGCGGUGGAUGCAAAGAAGGUGGCAGACUUUUCGGCAGUUGGAUUUCAUCUUUAUGAGGCACCACUGAAACUUUGCAUUGCAGCGAUUGCGAUAGGCCAGUUACUCGGACCUCAAUCCCUUUUGGUUGGAGGUUUGGUGCUUUUUCUUGUCUCAGCUGGAAACGUAUACUCAGUGAAAAUGUUUGCGACAGAGCAAAAGGGUCUACUGAGAUCUCGUGACAGCAAAAUGGCCAUCAUCAACGAGCUUUUGCAAGGCAUUCGCCAGGUCAAACUUUCCGCCCUGGAGCAGAAAUGGGAGGGGCGUAUUAACGACUCGCGGGGGACGGAGCUGCGAAAACAGUGGCAGGUAUACAAAUGGGAACUUCUCAUGUUUGUCGCAUAUAAUAUCACCCCGGUCGUGGUGUCAGCCGCUUGCCUAGGAACGUAUGCGCUCCUACAUGAGGACAUGCCAGCGUCCCUCGUUUUCACCUCAGUUUCCAUGCUUGGUGCACUCGAAACACCCCUUGCCAUCCUUCCACAGAUUCUCUUAAACGCAACGGGGGCGCAGAUCAGCCUGCGGCGGAUCGAGCGCUUCCUUCACUCCCCGGAGAAGGACGUUCAUGUUUCACCCGCAGACGGUGUUGUCCUCGAGCAGGCGACCAUUUCCUGGAAUGGGACUCGGUUUGCCAAAUGCUUUACGUUAAAAGACCUUACUCUUACUUUCCCGCCCGACGCCUUGAGCAUCAUCACCGGCCCCUCGGGCUCUGGCAAGAGUCUCGUCCUCGCUAGCAUUCUUGGGGAAUGUGACUUUAUCCAGGGUUGCGUACGACGUUGUCCGACUGGAAUUGCCUAUGUUGCUCAGGAGCCAUGUUUGAAAGACGGCACUAUCAGGGAGAAUAUACUCUACGGUCUUUCCUUUGAGCCGGAGCGGUACCGGCGUGUUAUUUUUGCCUGUGCCUUGGACAGUGAUAUUGAAGGCCUGGUGUCGAAAGACGAAACGCAAAUGGACAUUCAAGGGACCAACUUUAGUGGUGGUCAGAAAUGGCGAAUCUCACUGGCGCGGGCACUUUAUUCGAGUGCAGAGAUCAUCGUUUUGGAUGAUAUAUUCAGUUCUAUUGAUACUCAGACGGCGCAGCACCUAUACCAGUAUGCGCUGACAGGGAGCCUUGUCAAGGGGCGAACUCGGAUACUGGCAACCUAUCAUCUCGAAUUAUGCUUACCAAGAGCUGAAUAUGUAGUCGCUCUGGACGCUGGCGGUCUGCGUUAUGCUGGACCUAGAAAGAAUCUCCGGGAGAUGGGGAUAUUCAAGGAUAUGCCUCAUGCUGCAGCAGGACUGGAGAAGGUUCCAUUACACAUGAGGAAAGGCUCGUUAGUCUCUAGCAUCCAUGCAUCGGAGAACUGGAUUGGAACGCUUCUACCUAGUGAGCAGGAGCAGUUAGAAGAUGCAGCUGGGCAAGCUGGCUUGCUCGAGGAUCUCACUGCACGAAACCGGAAAUGGCGAAACCGGCAGCGGAUAUUCCGCUUGACCGACGCUCAAUAUCGCUGCCUUUUUCUUGUAUUCCUUCACCUGAGCUAUAGCGGGCUCGCAGUUGGUCGAGGUUUGUGGAUGAUGGUCUGGAGUAGUAGCAGGAACGAUAGCGGAUAUUCCGAAGCAGUGGACACCUCAGGGGCUGUUCAGUCUACUGGAGGGAAUGUCACAUUGUUCUUGCUCAUCUACCUGCUGUUGUCGAGCAGUUCGUGUAUCGUCGCAGUCACCAGGAGCUUCAUGGCCGUUCGUAUAACCCUCGAAAUGUCGCGGAAACUCUUCGAGAAGUUCCUUUCGUCGAUAUUACACGCUCCCCUCCAGUGGCUGGACAAGCUGCCAGCAGGGAAUGUCCUCAAUAACUUCUCCGCUGACUUCAGUCUUAUCGACUCGCGGCUUGGGUACGACCUCAACUAUGCACUUGGUGUUGUAGUUGACCUCCUUGCCAUUGUUUUGGCGGCAUCAUUAGUGAAUGCUUGGUUAAACCUUCUCUCUGCUUGCUCGCUCCUACUCGCCUUCUACUACGGUAGAAUGUUCAUCAGGAAGAUCCGUGCCAUCAAGGAACUUGAGAGCACCAUGCGGGGUCCCGUACUUCACCAUUUGUGCGCUACGAUGGAUGGCAUCAUGACGGUGCGCGCUUACGGACAAGAAGAAACAUACCGGGAGGAAAUGUACGGCAAAAUUGACCGUCAUUGCCGUGCCUCCUGGAGCCUUUGGCUUCUCACGCGCUGGAUUGGCGUCCGUGCAAGUACCAUUGGGGCCAUGUUUACCACGGCGGGUUCUCUACUCAUUCUGUCCUCUAGCAGCGUCACUGCCUCGACAGCCGGGUUUGCCAUCACCUUUAUCAUGCGAUAUAGUGGAGUCAUGUCGCACGUUAUCAGACAGUACGCAAACCUCGAAAUAUCUCUCAACAGCGUUGAGCGCGUAUCAUGGUCUCUCGACGUCCCGGAGGAAAAGUACGACUCGGGUGAUCCGACUCCGGAGUCCUGGCCUACAGAGGGUCAGUUGGACGUGUCCGACUUGGUUGUCUGCUAUUCGCCUGAUUCGCCACCUGUCCUCUCGAACCUGUCAUUCUCAGUUCCACCAAACACCAGAGUCGGAGUUGUCGGCCGUACAGGCGCGGGAAAGUCGUCACUAGCAAUGGCCCUUUUCCGUUUCCUGGAAGCCCAACAGGGGAGCAUCCACGUCGCCGGGGUGGACAUCUCAACAGUCCCGCUUCAUCAGCUGCGAACCCGCCUCGCAAUUGUUCCACAAGAUCCGAUAUUGUUCUCAGGGACAGUGCGAUCCAAUCUGGACCCGUUCGACGAGCACUCAGACCAGGAACUCCUCGCAGCACUGAAACGGGUACAUUGGGCCGUACCCGACAUCGAAGAACGCGCCGAUGAUAAUCGUCCCGGCUCUCCCUUGAUCAACUUAGACGAUAAUGACCGCGACACGAACAAUGCACUCGACGCUCUUGAACUGGAAUACCAGCAUCCACCAAGUAUCCUCAACGCCGAGGUCACAGAACGGGGCUCCAAUUUCUCACAAGGUCAGAGACAGUGUCUCUGCCUCGCGCGCGCCAUCUUGCGACGGCCCAAAAUCCUGGUUCUGGAUGAGGCCACCUCGGCCAUCGACAAGUCGACGGACGCAGUAAUUCAAAAGUCCAUCCGCGCUGAAUUCGGCCGCAACCGCUCUUCUCUGCUAGUCAUCGCCCAUCGGAUCAGCACCAUCAUCGACUUCGACCGCGUCCUCGUGCUUGACGCAGGCCGCAUGGUCGAGUACGGGACGCCAUCCGAGCUAGCGUCUAACCGAAACGGGAUAUUCCGCGGCUUGAUCGAGAGCAGCGUGGAGAGAGACGAACUGUUGCAGACCAUCAAAGCCGUCUCAUAA